CGUGUUUCACUGGGACAAUAGUGAGUGGUGCACACUUCCUUCGCCCGGCCACAGAAGACAAAAAAGAGUUGCUGGUGUAACAAUAGGAAGAAUAUAUUCCACUCCUCUCUUGUACACGCGGCUUAUGAGAUGAACGCUCGUCAAGAAGAACGUCCCCUUCAGCAGCAGGAGGAUCCACAGCCCCCCCACAUUAAAGAGGAAGAGGGGGAUCUCUGGGUUACUCAGGAAAAAGAGUUUCUUCCAGGACAGGAGGAGGCUGAUGUCAGCAAGUUUCCACUGAAGACUGAAGAGCAUGAAGACAAACCACCUGAGUCCUCACAGCUUCAUCACAGUCCAAACGUCUGUGGAGAACAACUUCUGCCUGAAAAAAAGGAGUGUAGCUUCAGGAUGGUGAAGGAGGAUCCUUCAAAGAGGAAGACCAGGCGCCACGGACCCUCUGGUGUCUCUUUUUCCUCUUUGACACAGACCCUUCCCUGUAAAAAGGAAGAGGAAGGCUCACUGAUGCCCCACAUUAAAGAGGAAGAGGUGGAAGAGGGCAUCAGUCAGCCUAAAUGGUUGGAGGAGUUCCCAGUGACUGGUGUCCCUGUGAAGAGUGAAGAUGAUGAGGUGAAAGGUGAAAGUGAGGAGAGGGGAGGGGGGGAGCCUCCAAGCAGCAGCUCAACACAACACAUGACAACAGAAGCUGAUGGAGACCACUGUGGAGGAUCACAAGCAGACAAGCUCUUAGCUCCACUAUCAGAUAGUGAGGACACAACGUCACACUCUCCUGACACUGAUGAUGAAGACUCUAAAGAUGAUAAGACAUGUCACACUGACAACACUCACUUCACAUCUUCUCUCUGUCACAAAACGUUUAAAUCUCCUAGUAAGUUGAAAAGACACAUGAGAACACACACUGGAGAAAAACCUUUUUCAUGUUCAAUCUGCGGUAAAGAUUUUACUCAGAGGUACGAUUUGAAAAGACACAUGAGAACACACACUGGAGAAAAACCUUUUUCAUGUUCAAUCUGCGGUAACGAUUUUACUCAUAGGCAACAUUUGAACACACACAAGAGAAUACACACUGGAGAAAAACCUUUUACUUGCUCAGAAUGCUGUAAAAGAUUUGCGCGAAAAGCAGAAUUAAAAAGACACAUGAGAAUACACACUGGAGAAAAACCAUUCAUGUGCUCAAUUUGUGGCAAAGGAUUCUCCCAGAAGGGACAUUUGGUAAACCACACAAAAACACACACUGGAGAAAAACCUUUUUCAUGUUCAAUCUGUGGUAAAGGAUUUACUCAAAGGCACCUUUUCAAAGCACACAUUAGAAGACACACAGGAGAAAAACCUUUUUCAUGUUCAAUGUGUGGUAAAGCUUUUACUCGAAGUGACCAUUUCAAAGCACACAUGAGAAUACACACUGGAGAAAAACAUUUUUAUGUUCAAUCCGCGGUAAAGAUUUUACCCGAAGGGACCAUUUCAAAGCACAUAUGAGAAUACACAAUGAAUAAAAAACCUUUUCACUGUUAAGAAUGUGGUGAAGCUUUUGUACAAUGAAGCACUUUGAAAGUACACAUGAGAACACACACUGGAGAAAAACCUUUUUCCUGCUCAGAAUGUGUUAAAGCGUUUUUUGUGAAAAAGCACAUUGAAAGUAGCCAUGAGAACACACACUGGAGACAUACCUUAUUGUAACCUGGGUGACAAGACCCCAUUAAAUAUCCUCAUUUAAAUAUCCUUUUAA